UUUUCCUUCACCAGUAAUUCAAGGCACAGAGGAGCUGGUAAAGGCAUUGCCAUGAAACCUAACUUGAAGCAAUGGAAACAACUCAUGCUGUUCGGGAUCUUCGCAUGGGGUCUGCUUUUUCUGGUGAUAUUCAUCUAUUUUACAGAUAGCAACACUGCUGAACCAGUUCCGAGUUCCUUUUCAUACAUUGAAACUAAGAGGCUUCUGCCCCUUCAGGGCAAACAGAGAGUCAUCAUGGGAGCUAUUCAUGAUCCAUCAUUCUCUGAAGCCAUCAAUGGGAAUGAAGUACUUCUUAAUGAAGAUCUCUUGGGUGCAUUUAAAUCAGAAACUGGAAGCAUUAAGAAAUGGACUGAUUUAGAAGAUGCCUUCAGAAGUGAAGAUGAGUUUUUUCCAUCUCAGAUAGGAAGAAAAUCAAAAAGUGCUUUCUACCAAGUGAAUGAUGAUUAUUUAUUUGCUGCUGGUCAGCCUCGGUCACACAACCACCUUCAAGAGAUAGCAAAAUUCAUCUCAGUCAGUGAGGAUAAUCCAAAAGUAAAUGUUUUACAGAACAACUGGAGCCAUCAGAGAAGAAUGAGGAGGAGGAGCACAAAGCACAGGAGGAGCCAGAUGCUCGAUGAAUCUGAUGACUGGGACGGGCUAUAUUCCACAAUGUCGAAAUCCUUUCUUUAUAAGCUUUGGAAAGGGGAUGUCUCUUCCAAGAUGCUAAACCCUCGACUCCAGAAGGCGAUGAAAGAUUAUUUGAGCACCAAUAAGCAUGGGGUGCGGUUCAAGGGGAAACGAAACUCCAAGUUGACAGGAGACCAGCUAUUCUGUGAGCUAAAAGAAAGGGUGAAUGUGAAAACAAUAGAUGGCAAGGAGGCUCCCUUCUCCACUCUUGGAUGGGAAAAGCACGUUCCCCAAAUUCCACUGGGUAAAUUGUAUACACAUGGCUUUGGGAGCUGUGCUGUAGUUAUGUCUGCUGGUGCAAUACUGAACUCCUCUCUAGGGGAUGAAAUAGAUUCUCAUGAUGCUGUUCUAAGAUUUAAUUCUGCUCCAACUCGUGGCUACGAAAAAGAUGUUGGAAAUAAAACAACCAUGCGGAUCAUUAACUCUCAGAUUCUCACCAAUCCAAAUCAUCACUUUGUUGACAGCUCGUUGUACAAAGAUGUUAUCUUAGUAGCUUGGGAUCCUGCCCCCUACUCUGCAAAUCUGAAUGUGUGGUAUAAGAAGCCGGACUACAAUCUGUUCACUCCUUAUGUACAGCAUCGCAGGAAGAAUCCAAACCAGCCAUUUUACAUUCUCCAUCCUAAGUUUAUAUGGCAGCUCUGGGACAUCAUUCAGGAGAACACUAAAGAGAAGAUACAGCCCAACCCUCCUUCUUCAGGUUUUAUUGGUAUCCUCAUCAUGAUGUCCAUGUGUAACGAAGUGCACGUGUAUGAAUACAUCCCUUCAGUCCGACAGACCGACCUGUGUCACUACCAUGAACUCUACUACGAUGCAGCAUGUACCUUAGGGGCCUACCACCCACUGCUGUAUGAGAAGCUGUUGGUGCAGAGGAUGAACAAAGGUUUGCAGGAUGAUCUGUAUCGUAAAGGGAAAGUCAUUUUGCCAGGGUUCAAAGCUGUCAAAUGCCCCGAACGAAAUCAUUUCCCACGCUUAUAG